UUAUUAUAAAGCUGAGAUCAGUAUAAAUGUCAAGUUAAUGCAGGUGUAAUUACAUGAUAAGCCACUCAGCCGGUCAGGUCAUUAGCAACAUUAACUGAUCGAUCAAGUGAAAAAGUGAAAAAAUACACCCAAGGAGAUUUUGUAGAUUAUGGAGAUUAAAUGCAUGGUUAGGAUGUCAUGCUUCGAAUCAUCAAUCAGGAGGAGAUUACAUUGCUAUACUUCAAGAUUUUUUCCAGGUUGAAAUUAAUCAAUUUUUUAUGUACAUGUUAAAAAAUGAAUCACUGUUUAUAUGGCCAGUGAUCAGAAAGAUAUAAUUUUGGAUGAGGUUUAUUAUUACAUGCACAUAGCAAAUGAUGUUAUUUUUGGUAUUGAAUGGAUACAACAUAAUACCCUGAUAUAAUCUGAAAAACUUAUUGGAUAUCCUAGUUAAACCAAUUGGAAAGGAUCUUAUGACUAAAGGACUGCAGAUCAUGAAAUAUAAUCGCUGUAAGACUAAUGACCCUUGGGAAUAAUGAAAUUGUUGACUCGGAGGCCUUCAACACAGCGUAGGUGGCUAUUACACAGUAUAAUGGAGAUAAGAUGGAUAAAACGAGAAUUGUAAACACCCUGGGGAAUCGGGAGAAUUUUCAGGUUCAGAUCGUGAAGAACACUUCCAGUGAACAUACUAAAUAAAGAAGUGAGUUCUACCUAAAAGCUGUUGUCAAGAUCAGUGGAUUGCACAGACUAGGAUUUUUGAGAUUGGAACAGUCAGAAUAUGGAAACAGACUAGGAAUAAUAUGAAUAUGUUAGGAAUAAUGAGAGCAGAAAAAGAACAGGAAAGGAACAUUUAAAGACCAAGCUUCACUUAAAUAAUACAUGCAUUUCAAUCUCCAUUGAAAAAUACAUGCAGAUUGCAGAAUGUUUGGAAUAAAGUGCAAUUUAGACAAGGAAUAUAUACUUAAAGUAAAAAUAUAAAACAAAUGCAAUACAACAUAGAUCAUGAAUAAACACAUGGGAUAAAUUAAGAAAGAUAUGGAAUAAUCAGAAUGAACAGCUAGACACUGAAUAAUAAGCCCUACAAGGAAGACACAAACUAAUAAGAAUGUAAAGAACAAUCAACAAGAAAAGGAAUAAUCAAGAAAGAAUAUGAAAAAUCGUUGUAGAUAAUGAAUGUAAUGAAAUACAAGGUGAUAGUAGAAACAUACAUUAGCGGCACACAGGAGCUUUAAUUGAAGUAAAACCUCCAUGUAAGCAAACAUGUUGACAUAUUUACAUGUACUUUAAGAACAAAGGAUGAGAAAAUUAACUAGUCAAACAAUCUACAAUGUUGAGGAAUAACUUAACACAUUUUAAAAAAACCCAUUUAUAAUGUCUAAAUAAUACAAUGGAGUUUUACAAUGAAAAGGACUAAAUGACCGAAGAAACAAAACAACCUCUCGUCUACUAAGAGGCGUCAAGACAAGAGCUGACACAAGAGGUUGAGAUUACCCAACAGGAUCUGGGCACAGGAGGUUCUCUAACAAGAUGGCUGGGUGGCACAGUCUCAGUGGGUAUCUACACUACAAACCUGGGGGAACCCUCGGUAGGCUGAAAUCCAAGAAGAAACAAUGGUACUUAUUUGAAGAGAGCAAAUGUCAGCUGCUCUACUAUAAGAGCAAAGAGGAUGCAAAGUUAAAGACACCAGAGGGUUUCAUUAACAUAAAGGGAUCAGCUAUAUCAUUAGACCUAGACCAGAACAACCAGUUUGUCAUCACGGUUGAGGGAAAAGACCACAUAUUUACUGCAGACAAUCAUGAAAGUAUGAUGAUAUGGUUGCUAGGGUUACAGGCAAAGAGGGAUCAGGUGUCAAAUCGCCCUAUAAAUACAGGAUGCUCUAACAGUUUAGAUGAUUCACAAUGGACAAAACGUAGGGCCAAAUCUUUAUUUGCUCCUGUGUAUGAGUCAGUGAGCGAAGAAGAUGAACAAAGAAGGCGAAGUUCAGAUAUCACGCCAGCUAGUCAUAUUCGACGCCGGAAAAAAGGCGAAAUAAACGAGCCUAAUAUAGUAUAUGGACGUGCUGUGUCUAUCCAGAUGGAUAGGGAUAUGUUGAGACAUAAGACAUUUAUGAGACGGAUUGGGGAGUCGGUGGAUCAGCCUCACAGACAAAAUGUCAAGCCAGAUUUUUCAAGCCUAUCACCUCCUUCCAUUAUAACAUUAACAGAAUCGAAGAGUUUGGAUAGUGACACCAGAUCGAAUUCAAGCAGUAAACGCCGCAUGUUACGAUCUCAGAAACAACUCAGCAGUAGUGGAAGUGAAAGUGACCUUGACACUUCAGACGUUUUUGGCGAGACAUAUUCAUCAAGUUUACCCCCCUCUAGUAGUCAUUUAUCCAGCUACAAGAACUUUUCGAUGCCCGUGAAUACAAAUGAACAAACAUCUUCAAUGGAAAGAACAAGUUCCCUAUCAGGCCAGUCUGCCUCCAGUGAUUCUGCCCUUGAAAAGAGUGAAAGUGACUUGAUCAACCGCCUGGCUGAGAUGGAGCAGGAACUUAUAGCUGUGAAAUGUGAACUGGCCAAGUCCAUGAACAGGGAGGCUUGCUACAAAGAGGUCCUGGAAAAGAGGGAUGCAAGGAUCAUGGAACUUGAUGAUAAAAUAGAGAAACUUUCACAAAAGCAACAAAAUAUUAAAAACCCAGUAUCGCCAGAUAAAAAGAUAGCUGAGCAGUGCCGGGUACUCUCAAACCAAAACCAAUUCCUGAACAAAGAGGUGCAAAAAUUAGCCAGACUUCGACAGCAGGAGCAGAAUAGAUUUACAGACCAAGAAAAGCAGAUGACCCAGCUACAUGCUGAAGUGGACAACUGGAAGCGAGAUUAUGUCUUCCUGCUACAGUCAAGCAUCACUGUCCCCACUGGAGAUGUGUCCGAUGGCAUUGAGAUGAACUUGUAUGGCGGAAAUCGGCACAAGGUGCGUAUCCAGCAACUUCUUGAAGAGGCAAGACAAACAAAUCCUGGCCUUCCAACAUGUGAGAAACUAGCUUCAUCAGAGGUACACGUUGAUACAUAUGGGUUCAAACACAGCCAUACAAAUGAGAGUCUGCUUCUCCAUUAUAUAUGUCACCAAUUACACCAACACUACACGAUGCGAAUGGAGUCAUACGAGGAACACCAACUUAAAUGGAAGAAUUAUCUACGUGAAAACCGUACCUCUAUGGAGAAAAAUACACUUCAGUCCUUAGGAUUAGAAUUACCCAGAAGCCCUGUACACUUUACAAUACCCACAAUGCAUCAGCACGUUACCAUAUUUAGAAUUACGAAAGAAUUGAAGGCAUUGUGCAGGGGUGGGAUUCCUCCGCAACAUCGAAAUGAGGUCUGGAAGCAGCUAGUUUACAACCAUGUGCGUGAUCUAGCUGAAGAGAAGGGACCCCAUUAUUACGCAUACCUUUGUAGUAUGGCGUCAGAUUCCCAAUGCGCUGGACAGUAUAGGAAGCAGAUCUCGCUGGACUUACUGCGUACCAUGCCUCAGAACGUUCAUUUCAACAAACAGAAAGCUGAUGGGAUCCAAAAGAUGCAAGAGGUGCUCCUGGCCUUCUGUAUGCAUAAUCCUACCAUAGGCUACUGCCAGGGCAUGAACUUUAUAGUGGGAAUGUGUCUGCUCUUCAUGGAGCCAGAGGACUCGUUCUGGACCCUGAUAGCAAUCACAGAGAAGAUCUUCAUACCUAACUACUUUGACCUAAACUUGGUUGGGGCCCAGGCUGACCAGGAGGUCCUCAAAGAUCUUAUCAAGGAGAAGCUACCAGAGCUCCAUGCACAUCUAGAUGAGAUAGAGAUUGAGAUUUCCACCAUCACCCUUAACUGGUUCUUGGCUGUCUUCUUUGAUUCAGUGCCCUUUGAGACUCUGUUGAGGAUCUGGGACUGUUUUCUACUGGAAGGUCCCAAAGUUUUGUUCAGAUUCUCCCUGGCAAUGUUACGUAUGCAUCAACAGAGUAUACUGUAUAAGAAGGACACCAUUAGCAUCAUGCGCCAUCUAAAGUCAUGUGCAAAACUAACUUUCGAUGUGGAAGGUUUGAUGAAGAUUGCAUUUGAGGACCUGAAACCAUUUCCCCACAGGAAUGAGAUCUCCUCCAAACAGACAUGUUACAUGAAUGCCCUGAAGGAGAAGGUUCGCAAGAGGGAGCAGGAGAGGAGAGUCUACGCAGAAAGAGAACAAAUGUUCAGGGACUUAGAACUUAUGCCCAGCAAUGCUCUGGUGAUUGAGUGUGCGACAUUGCUGGCUAAUGGAAACCUGUGGGUGUGCCAUGCUGAACAGAACUCUGCAAAGCUCUGGGGCGUGUCAUGUGAUGAGGCUGUCAUGAUUGACCUAGGAAUAGAGUUUGAUUCACGUGUGAUGUGCAUCGUUGCACUAAAUGACGAAGUUGUCAUUAUCGGCACUCUUUCUUGGAACCUCUAUGCAUUCAGCAUAUUAACAAGGGAAGAAAUGUGGAGGAUACGCUUGCAUGAUGCGGUUCUUGGUUUGUGCUGCCAUCUGGAGGACAUCAACUCAAACAAGGUGUUUGCAGCAUUAGCAGACGGAACUGUCUGCGUGAUUGAGGAUGUGAGUGAGAAGGAACCUGACCAUAAUAUUUUCUACAUUCCUAUUGGUCGAUCACCUGUGACAUCACUAGUCAUUAUAGAACAGCAACUCUGGUGUGCUUGCGGGAAUUCAGUUCAUAUUCUACAUGCAAGGACCCUUGACAACAUGGACAGUUUCGUGAUCUCUCCAAAUCUGUUUGACCAUGUCCUAACACUAGCCCAUGCACCAUAUGGAGUUUGGAUAUCUGUUAAGGGGUCUUCAGUUAUUGAAUUGUGGGACCAGAAGCUAUUGACGUGCAAACUGUUGUAUGAUGUCAGAGAGAACAAAUAUCCAAAUCUUAGAAAGGAGGAUGAGGGUUACCUGAACAAGGCCCGGAUCACUGCUCUGUUACCCUACCAGAAUUCUAUAUGGAUAGGGACGGGUGAGGGCAAUGUCCUGAUAUAUGACAUCCUGGAUAAACCAUCUGCAGCGGCCAGCAGGUUAUCCACACGGCUGUCAUCUUCCAAUGGCAGUCUGUCCAGCUCUCCAACUCCACACGGGGAUCAGCAUCUCAAGAAAAUUGCAUCCAUGGACAAAAUCGAGGAAAAAAUCCACGAGCUCUAUUUCCAAAGACUUCAAGAGCAGAAACCAGUUUUCUCGAUAGAAGGAAUUGAAAAUGUUGAAGUUAACGAAGAGAAAAAGAGAAGUCUUCCGAUAGAUUCAAAGAAAAUAGAGUCCCCUGGAGAUGAGAAAUCCAGUACUUCUGUUGAAACAUUAAAAAAUAUCAGCGGGGAAAAUACAGAGGGUGAUAAUACACCAAGGGUGAUGUCACCUACUGCCAUUAUGACAUCAUCAAUGAUGUCAUCAAUUUCCAAUGCUGAGAGUUUUGAGAGCGAUUGCACGCCAAGGGUAAUGUCACCUGCAACUGUGCUUCCAAACAAAAGUGCCAAAAAUGGGCAAGAGGCCUUAGAAAAUAAUAAAAAUUUCAGCAUUCAUGACAGUGCAAAGAAUCAACAUGAUUCCCAUGGUAAUCAAGAGCAAAAACUCACGAAUGAAUCAGUAUCUAAACAAAAUAAUAUCUCAUCAGAUUCAGUGAGCAUAACAGAUGACAUAAUUAAGAUGGAUUCUCCCCCACCAACAUCUACAACAGAGGAGGUCACUGAUCCCCAAAAUGCAACAGAAGAAGCUAAAACUCAGGAAACUGAUGCAUUCCAUAGUCUGAAGAAGAGUCUGAGGAAAAAAGAUUCGGUGAACAAUAAUACAGAGAUCUGGGUUGCGAAAUCAUUAGAAUAUAUUGAGAAUAAUCUAGCGAGUGAUAUCCCUGUCAACAGUUGUGAACCACAAUUUGAAUCUCAACAACUACUUGCAGCUAAAAUUGAGCUUCAGCAAUCUCAGGAAAUGGAGGAAAAUAAAACAAAAUUAGAAAUAUCUAUGUCACAAACAGAUAAUGGUGUGUCACAAAUGGAAAAUGCUAUGUCACAAGAAAAUAAUGAGUCACAAAUUGACACUGCUAAGACUCAUAACAAAUCAGAAUCUGGCAUUGAUUCUGAAUAUUCUGAUCGCAAAACUUCAACUUCCACAACUGGGACAGAGGUAUUUGAUGAUUUAAAACCUGAUAACGAUACUACCACUAAAACAAGUGAUGAUGCUAAAAUAGAACCUAAUGAUUAUGAUACCAAAGUAAAACUUAAAGCAAAAGCAAUGAGCAAGCAGAAUACAGUACCCUCGGUUAAGAUAAUACCUGAACCUUUGCCUACUGAUGGGUCUAUUACUCAAGAUAGUGGCUUUGAACAGACUCUGAGCCCAAUAUCUGAGACUCAUGAAGCAGUCUUUGAAGACAUUGAGCCAAGUCCUGUUGAUCAUCAACAGAACUUUGUGCAUACUAGUCAGCCAUCAUUAGAUGUCACUCAGGAGUAUCGGCAAAAGUUAAGUCCGAUUUCUGAGGCUGUUGAAAUGUUUCCAUUUGGGGAAAAGGAAAAAUGUGAAUCGGGAAGUGCCCAAUGUUCCAAUAAUAAAAGUCCCAGAAGUUUAAGUCCUCAUAGAGAUUCUAGUCCUUGUUUAUCAUCCACAUCACAACCUGUUGAUAUUACAAUAACUGACACGUCUUCCCAUUCCAUAACAAUGGCCAAUCACAUGCACAGCAAACCACCCACACUUGAUGAUAAACUGACCAAUGAGAGCAUUCAAAAAUGUUCCAGUGCAGAAAAUAUUCAGAGCAAUGUCUCAUGGUCCAGUUACGAUGAAUUAACCUUAUCAACAUCCCCCUAUGAUUCAUCGACACAUGAGCUAGAUCGAGAUCUUAACAUGGCACUUAAUCUUGAGGGGAGGGGAAGAAUUCAGAGUGCAGCUUCUGUCGGGAGUCUUAUGAGUCCAUCAAUGGGUGGAACGGACGCCCUCUAUGUUUAUGAGAUGCAACUCCAGGCAAAAGUCAAAAUCACUGAUAAGCCAAUCAGAUGCCUUAUAGAAACAAAAUGUAAGGAGGAACCAAUCAUAGUGAGUUGUGCUGGUUGCUAUGGUGAUGAUGAAUCAAUUUUAAAAUGGACCAGAGAACCAAAUGAGAAGUUAUGGACAAAUGAACCAAUAGUUGAGAUUUCCCCCGAUACACAUGAGCCGAUAAAUGCGUCCUCACGUACACGUCACAGAUUCUCCAGCAGUUCCUCUAUGAAAAGUAACGAGAGCAUUGACAGUGUUAAGUCUAUCACAAAAUUAACCAAUUUUUUCAAAAGCAGCACUGAUAAUGGAUGAACAGUCAAUAGCAUCUUUUACAGAGAUAAGGGUUGUCUUUUGGAACACAAGUCCUAAACAGCUAUUUAUGAUUCUGUCAUGAUUUCUAUCAAUAGUAUUGAUUAUAGAUAAUCAGGUUGGACACCAUGCAGAAAUAACUUUGAUUCAACAGCUGAACACAGUUAGGAUCUCCUGCUGGAGAUAACAGUUCUCCUGGGGGAGACAAGGAAGUAUAUUACUAACUCUCAAGUUAUAUGUUGAUACAGCUACGUAAUUGUUGCAAUUUAACUUGUUGUCACCAAAGACUAUUAUCAUAUAGGGUACUAAGUAGGACUCUGUUUUAUAUGUAAAACAAUGGGGGUCAUUAUGUCUAGAUGACUGGUUUGAGAAAAGGGUGUUACAAUAAAUGUACCUGUAAUUUAUGAUCACCCUGUAAGGGAACAUGAGUAAUUGAAGAAUUUUUGCAUUCCUUGAAAGGCAAUGAGUGCUUUUUCAUUAUCCAUUAUUUUGUUAUUAGAGCAUGAAUGGUGAACUCUAUUUAUUAAUGCCGUUGCCAUUUACAUUUUUAAGGAAAUAUUCCAGAAAAUGUUUGAUGCAUUUAAAAUUAUCAGAUAUACUGUAUAUAUUUUUUUUAAUAUGGAGAACUGAUUUAGUCUUAAGGGUAAUAUUCCUUGUGCUGAAAAACUGUACAGUAAAACCUGUUAGGUUAAAAUCAACAACUGAAUCAAUUUAUACAUAGUAUGUGACAUUUAGCUUUAAAGUUUAAGUUAUUCAAAGUAAAAUGCAUAAUAUGUAAUAAACUUUUUACUUCAUGAUUUGUGAAUUUCAGUUUCACAAUGCAGCUUUGAUUCGUUUUAAAACUUGCAAUUAAACUUUUUGAUUUUAAUUAUGAUUAUAACUGUUUUUGAUCCUUUCUCUUAUCUUGAACCUUUUACAUGGAUGCUUGCGACACUGCUGUCAUGUAUACAAGUCAAAGAAUCAACUCAUUACAUUGCACAUGGCCCACCUUAAUGGGACACAAUGAUUAUAUUAAAUAUGCUGUCAUGAAG